UCUCGAGGUCCCUUCCAGUUCUAGUGUUCUAUGAAAACCUGAACUCACACUAGGCCAGGAUACUGCAUUGGUAGUGGACGCCAGUGGAGUUGUACCUGCUUAUGCUGCAUCUGGCCUAGAGCGCAGGCCCCCAAGUGGGGAUGUUGGCUCCAUCGGAAAGCGGCGUAGUGGCUCCAUUACCUCCCCACUAGGCACCAAACCAAGAGCCACCCAGCCAUUCGAUAUGGGCCUCGAAUAGCCAGUGACUCAAGUUGAUUCAAAAAGGAGAAGGAGGGGGAGAAACAAAAACAAAACUCCCUUCCACAAAAUCUGGCUUUGCAGUUAAAGGAAAACUUUCACAUGAGCCCGUCCAAGUUUUGUCAGACAUUUCAGGCUUUCCUUGGAAAACGGAAAACCUGAAAAUGUUGUUAAGAAAAUGGAAUUUUUGUUGGGAACCUUUUCUAGGAAAAUACAGUUUUCGAUCCGUUCUGGCAAUGGCUCCGUUACUACCAAUCACAGGGGCAGUAAACAACACAUAUCGCAUAUCAAUUCCCUGAGGCACAUGUCCUUGGGUUGUAGAGAGAACAAUCUCUCCAUGGUUUUUAAAAAGGCAGUAAAAGUCAUUCUCUGUGAUUAGUGCUUUUGCUGUCCUCUUACCAUCAGACACGUGUGCUCUUUGACACUGGGAGAGUGGGGCCCUUGCUACCUACUGACACCAUCUCGUUUGCUUUGCCUUUUGCCUCAGGUGAUCGCUGGAAGCAGAGAAGUGUGUGUGUGAGGCUAGGGGCAUGGGAGCAAGGUCUCCUGGCUUCUGUUGUGGCUUUGCCGCUGACUUGUAUGUCAGAUCACUUGUCUGGGUGAAGCUAGGUGCUUUCUGGCUCCUUUGCCUCAGUUUCCCCAUCUAUGAAAUGGGGAUAAUAGCACGCAAAGGCUAGGUGAGGUGUAUUAUUCUGUAUGUUGUGUACAAGACUUGUGCACGCGUUGAGUGAAGUGUUGUCUUCCACCGCAUGAAGUUGUAGAGCUGGGCGAGUUAUUCCAGUUAAACUCUGGAGAGAUUCUGAAGCCACAUGCAGUCCCUCCACAAAGUAGGUCAAAGGAGUGGGAUGAAGCCAUGUGUAUUGAAAGGAACCCUGCAAAUUCCAUUGUGAGUUCCUGGCCUCUCUGAUAGGUGCAGCUGUCUUCUCAGAGCAGUUUGCAUGAUUGGCCCUUCUGGGUGGCAGGAAAGGGUUAAAUCCCUCUUGUGUGGCAGUGUUGCUCUGUAGCUGUUGAUGGGCUGGCAUUAGGACCCAAGCAUUAGGACUGAAACUCUCAAAGGCCUUGGCGAGGGCUCUGGUUUUAAAAGCACUCUUGCUUCUUCAGAGACAGGUCAGUUUCUGCCCAAUAUACUGGGUGGGGAUGGAACCUUUGAGUGCGGAUGGAGGCUUUGGGACGGGGCUUUGGGAUGUUAACUGGUUACAUGAUAGCGUGUAACCGGUUAACGCUUUGACUCAGCUCCUGCUGCCUAACCCACCGACUCCUCCUGCGCAGGCCUGACGCGGCUCGCGGCCACCAGCGUUCACUGCCACGGGUCGGUUAACUGGAAUCUCUUCUUCCUGGAAGGUGAGUGGCUGAGUUCACCCUACCACUGCCAUGCAGACAUGCACACACAGCCUGUAUUCCAGUGCUGUUUCCAAGGAGUUGGCUGUGAUAACACUCCAGGGUAUCUUCAGCAAGGUAGAAUAAUGUAGUGGGGAUUCGUCUCUGGAGAAGGAGUUCAGCUCAGCGAUCGUGGGACCCACGGUGAGCACCCCAAACAGCCAGCACUCCUCCCCGAGCCGCUCCCUGAGUGCAAACUCAAUCAAGGUGGAAAUGUACAGUGAUGAAGAAGCCAGCAGGCUGCUGUCGCAGGACGACCGCCUCAUCGAGAAAGAAGACAGCGUGAUUGUGGAGGACUCCCUCUCCGAGCCCCUGGGGUACUGCGACGGCACAGGGCAGGAGCCUCACUCUCCCGGCGGCAUCCGGCUCCCCAACGGCAAGCUGAAAUGUGACAUCUGCGGGAUGGUGUGUAUCGGCCCCAACGUGCUGAUGGUGCACAAACGCAGCCACACGGGGGAAAGGCCGUUCCACUGCAACCAGUGCGGCGCCUCCUUCACCCAGAAGGGGAACCUCCUGCGCCACAUCAAACUGCACUCUGGCGAGAAGCCCUUCAAAUGUCCCUUCUGCAACUACGCCUGCCGCCGGAGAGACGCGCUCACCGGCCACCUCCGCACGCACUCAGUCUCCUCCCCCACAGUCGGCAAGCCCUACAAAUGCAACUACUGCGGCCGGAGCUACAAGCAGCAGAGCACGCUGGAGGAGCACAAGGAGCGCUGCCACAACUACCUGCAGAGUCUCAACACUGAGCCCCCAUCGCUGGCCAGCCAGCCAGGCGAUGAGAUGCGAGACCUGGAGAUGGUGCCGGAUUCUCUGCUUCACCCCUCGUCCGAUCGGCCGACGUUUAUCGACCGGCUGGCGAACAGCCUCACCAAACGGAAACGCUCCACACCUCAGAAAUUUGUGGGGGAGAAGCAGAUGCGCUUCAACCUCUCCGACCUCCCCUUCGAUGUGAACUCCAGCUUCGAGAAGGACGUGGAGCUGGUGGCUGCCCACCACCCCAUGGACCCCAGCUACGGCAGCUCGCUGUCGUUUGUGGGGGCGGAGCACCUGCGCCCCCUCCGGCUCCCCUCCACAAACUGCAUCUCGGAGAUCACGCCUGUGAUCAGCUCCGUCUACACCCAGAUCCAGCCCAUCCCGGGCCGGCUGGAAAUCCCGGGGAGCCGAGAUGCUGCGGAAGGCCACGAGGACAUUCCCGAGGGGGCGCAGAUCGUGUACCGGGGGCGCGACCCGGGCAUGUCGCCCAGCAACGGCUGCCAGGAUUCCACAGACACUGAAAGCAACCACGAAGAGAGGACCUCGCAGCUGCCGGUGGGAAACUGCACCAGCAGCCGGCAGAGCCCAGCCUACGCCAAAGAGGACCCCAAACUGCAGGAGGGCACCCCGGCUGCCCGAGCAACGCCCAGCUCAGCCAAAGAUGUCCUGCGCGUGGUGAACGAGGAAGGGGAGCAGGUGAAAGCCUUCAAGUGUGAGCACUGCCGGAUACUCUUCCUGGACCACGUGAUGUUCACCAUCCACAUGGGCUGCCACGGCUUCAGAGACCCUUUCGAGUGCAACAUCUGUGGCUACCACAGCCAGGAUCGGUACGAAUUCUCCUCCCAUAUAGUGCGGGGAGAGCACAAAGUAGGCUAACUCCAACCUGCCCCCUUGCCCCGAUCUCCUCCCACUGCCUCUAGCUCUGCCCCUCCCUCUGGGCAUGGACUUGGUUUUCUUUUAUACUCCUUUGCACUGACUUUGGCUACAAAAUAUUUAAAAAAAAUCAAUAAUGAAAAAAAAAAUCACGAGGGGAGCGCUUAACGAUUUGCCUUUUUAUAAACGGAGUUAUUUAAAUAUG